AUGGGCGGCGAUCAUAAAGCUAUCACUCUCGAGGAGAUUAAAAACGAAGCUGUUGAUCUGGAACAUAUUCCUAUAGAGGAAGUGUUUGAACAAUUGAAAUGUACACGAGAAGGUUUGACAUCAGAGGAAGGAGCCCACCGGCUUCAAGUUUUUGGACCCAACAAACUAGAAGAGAAGAAGGAAAGCAAAAUUCUCAAGUUUUUGGGUUUCAUGUGGAAUCCUUUAUCUUGGGUCAUGGAAGCUGCUGCCUUAAUGGCUAUAGUCCUGGCAAAUGGUGGUGGAAGACCACCAGACUGGCAAGACUUUGUCGGGAUCAUUGCUUUACUUUUUAUCAACUCUACCAUUAGCUUUAUAGAAGAAAACAAUGCUGGUAACGCGGCUGCAGCACUCAUGGCUGGUCUUGCUCCUAAAACUAAGGUUCUAAGAGAUGGUCGUUGGAGUGAGCAAGACGCUGCUAUUCUUGUUCCGGGAGAUAUCAUAAGCAUUAAGCUUGGAGAUAUAAUACCAGCAGAUGCCCGUCUUCUGGAGGGCGAUCCUUUGAAAAUUGAUCAAUCUGCCUUAACAGGAGAAUCGCUCCCAGUCACCAAGAACCCCUCAGAUGAAGUAUUUUCUGGCUCUACAUGUAAACAAGGUGAAAUUGAAGCUGUUGUGAUUGCCACUGGUGUGCACACAUUUUUUGGUAAAGCAGCUCACUUGGUGGAUAGCACCAAUCAAGUUGGUCAUUUCCAGAAAGUUCUUACUGCUAUUGGUAAUUUCUGCAUUUGUUCGAUCGCUGUUGGAAUACUAAUCGAGCUUAUAGUUAUGUACCCGAUACAACGACGCAAGUAUAGAGAUGGAAUUGAUAACUUGCUGGUGCUUUUGAUUGGUGGAAUUCCUAUUGCCAUGCCAACAGUUUUGUCUGUCACUAUGGCCAUCGGUUCUCAUAGGCUUUCUCAGCAGGGUGCCAUUACGAAGAGAAUGACAGCCAUCGAGGAAAUGGCUGGCAUGGAUGUCCUCUGCAGCGAUAAGACGGGAACUCUGACCUUGAACAAGCUAACUGUAGAUAGAAGCUUGAUCGAAGUGUUUGUCAAGGGUGUCGAGAAAGAGUAUGUUAUUCUCCUUGCAGCCAGGGCUUCGAGAACAGAGAAUCAGGAUGCUAUUGAUGCAGCUAUAGUAGGAAUGCUUGCGGAUCCUAAAGAGGCACGAGCAGGAAUUAGAGAGGUUCAUUUCCUUCCAUUCAAUCCUGUUGACAAAAGAACUGCCCUUACUUAUAUAGACUCUAAUGGAAUUUGGCACCGAGUAAGCAAAGGUGCUCCUGAGCAGAUCCUAAAUCUUUGCAACUCUAGGGAAGACGUCAGAAGAAAAGUUCAUGCAGUGAUUGACAAGUUUGCAGAGCGUGGGCUUCGUUCACUGGGUGUUGCAAGACAGGAAGUACCUGAAAAAACAAAAGAUAGCCCUGGAGGACCAUGGCAGCUUGUUGGUUUGUUGCCUCUAUUUGAUCCUCCUAGGCACGAUAGUGCAGAAACCAUAAGAAGAGCUCUGAACCUUGGAGUAAAUGUGAAGAUGAUUACUGGGGAUCAACUUGCCAUAGCCAAGGAAACUGGGCGUAGACUUGGUAUGGGAACGAAUAUGUACCCUUCUUCAUCAUUACUUGGUCAAGACAAGGAUGAAUCUAUUGCUUCACUUCCUGUGGAUGAGUUGAUUGAGAAGGCAGAUGGGUUUGCUGGAGUAUUCCCAGAACACAAAUAUGAAAUUGUGAAAAGGUUGCAGGAAAGGAAACAUAUAUGUGGGAUGACAGGAGACGGUGUUAAUGAUGCUCCCGCUUUAAAGAAGGCAGAUAUUGGAAUUGCUGUUGCGGAUGCUACUGAUGCUGCCAGAAGUGCUUCAGAUAUUGUCCUUACAGAACCAGGAUUGAGUGUAAUUAUUAGUGCGGUGCUAACAAGUAGGGCUAUUUUUCAGAGGAUGAAGAAUUACACGAUUUAUGCCGUUUCAAUUACCAUUCGUAUAGUGUUUGGCUUCAUGUUCAUUGCUUUGAUUUGGAAGUUUGACUUUGCUCCCUUUAUGGUUUUAAUAAUAGCCAUUCUGAAUGAUGGAACAAUUAUGACAAUAUCAAAGGAUCGAGUAAAGCCAUCUCCACAGCCUGAUAGUUGGAAACUGAAGGAGAUUUUUGGAACUGGUAUAGUGCUUGGAGGAUACUUAGCACUAAUGACAGUGUUAUUCUUCUGGGCUGUGAAGGAUACCAACUUUUUCUCAGAAAAAUUUAAUGUGAAACCCUUGAAGGAUAGUCCUCAAGAAUUGAUGGCAGCCUUGUAUCUACAAGUCAGCAUAAUAAGCCAGGCCCUUAUCUUUGUCACGAGGUCUCGCAGCUGGUCAUACCUGGAACGUCCAGGAUUCCUCCUAGUCAGUGCUUUCGUCAUUGCUCAGCUGGUGGCAACUGUGAUAGCUGUUUAUGCAAAUUGGGGUUUUGCAAGGAUCAAAGGAAUGGGAUGGGGGUGGGCUGGUGUUAUAUGGCUGUACAGCUUGGUAACAUACAUCCCUCUCGACAUUUUGAAAUUUGGAAUCCGAUAUGCUCACAGUGGGAAGGCUUGGGACACUCUUCUGGAGAACAAGACUGCCUUCACAACCAAAAAGGAUUAUGGAAAAGAAGAGAGAGAAGCACAGUGGGCAGCCGCACAGAGGACUCUACAUGGUCUACAACCACCUGAAAACUCCAAUCUCUUCCCUGAGAAAAGUAGUUAUAGGGAGCUUUCAGAGAUUGCCGAGCAAGCCAAACGUCGUGCUGAGGUCGCAAGGCUGCGAGAAUUGCAUACACUAAAGGGACAUGUUGAAUCAGUAGUGAAGCUGAAAGGACUAGACAUCGAUACAAUCCAACAACACUACACAGUUUAAAAGACUUCCAAUUUCGUCUGGUGGAAAAUCCAUCUAAAUAACGUGUAAUCCAUCAAGACUACUUUAGGUAGCUUUUCCUUUUAUAUGAUCAAAGUGUCUAGUCUGCUUAGCUUUGUUAUUUUAAAUUAUGUAAGGGAACAGAAAUAUGGUAUUCUGUUCAACCAAAACCGAAUUCAAAACACCGUUGCAUAGUUUUCCUUGUAUUAUUGUACGGUUGCUACAGCUUCCUUGUAUUAACUGUCAUUAUCUUUAUUUCCAAUCAUGCAUAUUCCUUCCCAACU